AUGACUGUAGAUGUGGUGAGCAAAAGUAGCAAUAUGACAAUUUGCGGUCCAACAGAUGUCGUUUUCCUUUUUGAUCAAUCGGAAAACGCCCGUCUUGCCUCUUCGAAUCCUCCUACCAGCCCGUUCAACUUGAUCUCAAAUGCCGUUAAUACUUUCCUUCAGAAUCCACGUAUACAAGGCGCCAGAACCGGAGACGUCCGAAUUGGCGCCCUUGGGUAUGGCUCAACUAGCGUAACCAACCCGAUCCCACUUUUCUCUUCACCACAACAAGCCAUAAAUGAUCUCUCCAGAUUCCGGAAUGGAGCAGGGGGCGGUUCUUUCACCUUCCAAGGGCUGCAAGCUCUGACUGUCUCACCUCGACCUAACGUCAACAAUCUUGUGAUCCUUGUGAGCUCUCAGGGCUCCAGUAGAAAUGACCGUAUUCAACUUACCCGCCAGGCGUACAACGCUGUAGCAAAUUUGAACUGGAACGUCGAAGUGGUGUCUGUUCAGGGAUCAAACUCUAUUGCCUUUAACGACCUGACCGCCGCCAAUGGCGGAAGAAAUGUCAACACGAGACUCAACAACUACAACCAACUCCCCAAUGCGUUGACCAGGAUUCUGGAAGACACUCUGUGCCCCUUUGUGCCUACAGCACCUCCUCAACCUUCAACUGGCAUCUGCAGUAACUGUGUUGGCUCAAAGGGCACGGAUGAGGAUCCUAAGUACUGUGACCGCUUCUACGAGUGCGUCCCUGACCAAGCACCUGUGCCGGUGGCCUGUGCCGCUGGAACCUUCUACGACAGCAGAUCCUGCAACUACAUCAACGCUGUGAACUGCUCUCAAGCUCCAUGUGGUCCCGGCAACUACGGAAACCUCUACCCCAGCGGCGUGUGCUGCAACAAGUAUUACAACUGCACCCCGAAAGGAAUGGAGUACCAACGUUGUACCCCUGGGCAAGUAUUCGACGAGACUGCGCGUCAGUGUGUGCUGGCCAAUGACCCAGUUGCUGUUUGUGCAAGCUCUGGGCGCUUCUAUUGCGAUGUGAACUUGCAGGCCUCCAAUAUAAACCAGUGCGAUUUAUACAAUCGUGACCCAACUGGAAACCCCUGCAAAUACGUUUUCGCAUCGUUGCCAUUUGACGUGCCAGCAGGUACUUUUUGGAAUCAAGAGAAAUGUGUCAUUGAUCACAUGCCUAAUGGCCUCCAGAACUGCAGCCAAUUCGACAGGGCCUUUGACACCACACCUUCCCCAGUUUGUAACGCUGUGUUCAGAGCAACAUAUGAUGCUGGCUCACGACAAGUCCUCAGCGAACGCCAGCUUACAGCCCUCGAUGUGUACUCCGACAUCCAGGAAGCAACACUCACCAACAACGCUUUGAACUUUGAAGCUAACAUGAACAGCCCUUACCUGUACUACUAUCGUUUCAUCGAUAACGAAUUCCCACUCAACACUGCUUUCAGGCUUCGUUACCGAUUCCGAGGAAACAGCAACGGCCAAAGCUACAGUCUGUUGUCCAAUAACUUCUGCCCCAUCUGCCCUGAGACCAUCAGUAUCACAGUCACUCCAAGAGGUGCCAGUCAGCAGGAAGUCAGAGCCUCCUUCAUGACCACUGCAGGAGUUGAGGUUGCCACUUCCGCCACCAUCAGCAAUAUCUUUUUCGCCUUGUACGAGUACUGCCAAAACAUCGACUCUCUCCUGAGAUAA